UUCCCUUGGACUUGCCUUACCGCAGAGGAGUAGAAUCAUACCUCAGGCGCAUUCGUGUUGUUGGUGAACAACAGACGAGACGCAGUGAACCGAGGCCAAUACCAAAGCCGUCCGGAGGAUUGUUCAACCUGACAAAGUUUCUUGGGAAUUUUGCAAAACGAGUGUAUUUUCAAACGGGUCUGGGAGGUUCUAAUGAAUCGAGGCCGUCACACGCUCAAACCUGAGCCAUGGUGAUGACUUGUGUGAAGGUGGCCCCUUAGGGGAUACCGCCAGCCGACGGUUGUUGUUUUUUUGCUCAAUUGUCUUCAAAGGCCAUAAAGAAUCGAGAGCAAGUCCACUUGGAUCCUUGACAUCAUUGUGGGAAUAGUGUCUACCCUUCUUCUCUCCACGAGCCUCUCACGACUUUCUAGAUUUGCGAACGAACAUGAAAAGGGACGGUUUUAUCGAAGCCAGUCGCGAGUGUCAAAUUUGGAACAUGUCUUGGGCCAUUCCUUGAUUAGAGAAGUGCGGAUAAGUAGAAACUCCUGAUCAAAAGACCUUUCUCAAGCCCAACAACCAAUUGCAAGGAGCCCUCUGAGGAUGAUAGGACCCUCGUUCGAAAGAGUAGCGAAGAUGUCGUUGGGGAUGGGACGAAUCCAUGACAUCUUUUUCGUGAAAAUGCUAUUCCUCGUCACGGUUCUGGCACUCUUCUUUGGAAACACACUCAAGCUCAACGCUGUGGCUGAAGGGACUCACAGCGCGUUUGCUGAUGUGAACAUAUCUGCUCUACUGAACUCCUUUCAAGAGGGUUACGACAAAAGGGUCCGACCCAACUAUGGAGGUCCAGCAGUGGUGGUAGGAUAGUGACCAUGUAUGUGCUUUCCAUAUCAUCUCUCUCAGAAGUGGAAAUGGAUUUCACCCUGGACAUGUACUUCCGGCAGUUUUGGCGCGACCCAAGGCUGUCCUUUGACCGUGGAAUCGGCCUUGAAAAGCUGGUUGUCGGGGCAGAGUACAUAAAGAUGAUUUGGGUGCCCGACACCUUUUUUGUGAAUGAGAAAAAAGCGUACUUUCAUGAUGCCACCACUGACAACCAGUUUUUGAGAAUCUUGCACACAGGGGCCAUUUUGAGAAGCAUUAGAUUGACCAUCACCGCUUCUUGUCCCAUGGACCUUCAGUACUUUCCAAUGGAUAGGCAAUUGUGUUACAUCGAAAUCGAAAGUUUUGGAUAUACGAUGAGUGAUAUUCGAUACAAGUGGAAUGAUGGGUUGAAUUCGGUGCAGAUCUCAGCUGACGUGUCACUCCCACAAUUCAAGGUUUUAGGGCACAGGCAAAAAACUAUCGAGGCCAGUCUUUCGACAGGCAAUUACUCUCGGUUGGCUUGCGAAAUCCAGUUCGUCCGUUCUAUGGGCUACUAUUUGAUCCAGAUUUACAUCCCAUCCAGCCUGAUCGUGAUCAUUUCCUGGGUGUCUUUCUGGCUGAAUCGGGGUGCCACGCCCGCUCGAGUCAGUCUGGGUGUGACCACUGUGCUGACCAUGACCACCCUGAUGGCCUCCACCAAUGCCGCUCUUCCAAAGAUCUCUUAUGUGAAAUCCAUUGACGUGUACCUUGGCGCCUGUUUCUUCAUGGUGUUUGCUUCUCUGUUGGAGUACGCCAGCGUAGGUUACAUGGCCAAGCGGAUCCAAAUGCGCAAGAACCGCUUCCUGGCUCUGCAAAAAAUGGCCGAGCAGAAGAAAAAUGAAGCCAUGAAUCCGGGCGGACCUGGCUUGAACGAUGGUGGCCCUCCGGAUCAUAAUGGUAUCCCCAAGCAAACGGAGAUUCGCAUAAAUAUGCACGACUUGAACAGAUCCAUGCCCGUGGGGUCUUCGUCGUCUGUACGCUUUUCCAACAAUAAAGGCAUCCUUGUCAACUCGCCAAGACAGGUUAGCCACCAUCAUCAUCCCCUGAAUCAGCACAUAACCUCGGCCUUGAGUCCCAUCACGCCGGUGACUACUUAUCAGGGUCACGUGCCCAUGGCUGUGUUCAACAACCCGCAGAUGCAACAGGACUACAAUGAAUACCUUCUCCCUCCUGACCACCCUCGACAUCCUUCCAAUCAAGGAGGUCACCACCAGGGCGUGGUGCACAAUCCGAAGAUUCUCCAAUCCCUCACACCCAAACAGAUCCGGGACUUGGAGUGCAAAAAGAACUUGCACAAGAUGUUGGGCAUCGCUCCAUCGGACAUUGACAAGUAUUCCCGGAUCUUCUUUCCCAUCUCUUUCAUCUCCUUUAACCUGAUGUAUUGGAUUAUCUACCUUCACGUUAGCGAUGAGGUGGCCGAGGAUCUGGUUCUUCUUCAUCCGGAUGAAUAGAGAAAUCAGAGCGAGGUGUCAAUUCACGACCAGUUGUACUUCUCUCUCCGUAGUAGCAAAACUAGUUCUACUACUACAUACCUACAACAAGUAGCUGCAUGAUUUUUGGCACAGAUAUCAAAACGAGUGUUUCUGUACCUGUACCAACCGUACUUAGGUUCCUUGAGCUGCCUCUGUCUGUAUGUAAGUAGGGAGAAACACACUCCGUCUAUGGUCACACGGGACACAUAUUCCACACCCAAAUUCAACUAGUCACAAUCGGCUUUUCAGGGUGACAGCACAAGAAAUCAUAAUCACAUAAAUGCAAUCCUUCAACGCAUACGUCAAGUUUUAUCUUUUAGUGAUGAAGCUGAGGUGCCAACCCUUUGGCUGACACAUACCGCCAACAACCUACUUUUUAUUACCAUCUGGUCUGCUUAGUCUCAGUGCAGUGGAAUACUACAGCUAAAAUAUCAUUGAAUGGAAUAAUGAAGAAGUUCCAAAAGAGGGGCUUUCAAGUAAUGAGGUCUUAGGAAUCAGAUGCUCACAUAGCUAAUCGGUGUCUUUGAAACAUGACCACUCUCAAUGGUUAAAGCUCUGGUCCAGUGUUCGUCACAGUCUCGAAUUAUGUGGCAAAUUGGUUCACCAAAUUAAAUGUGGCCCAAAACACUCAAGGUUAAUUAAAGAUGACAAACAAAAAGGCGCCGUUGAGAAAUCUUUAAAUACGGAGGACCAAAAAUAUACCAAACGUAUAAAUACAAGAAUUCAUAAUUCAGGCACUGAGUUUGUACUCAUAUUAAGCUCGAGAUAAAUAGUGUAUCAACCAUUGUAGUUCUUCCUUGAUCUAUGAAAACAGAUUCAAUGUUCAUCGCAAAAAGACAGUUUGUGUACUUCAAACUUGAUCACGUUCAAGCGUCUUCAGAGAAAAUUAUGACAAGGAGAUUUAGGUCCAAUAAGUCUGAACCUAGAUUAAGAAGAGCCUUUUUUGAUCAGAUGCAGACACUAAGAAAACAAUGUAACUCCACGGCAAUGGCUAUAGAAAUUGAUUUCCUUAGCACGAACGAGACAUCCCUUCAGCUCACCAAAUAAUAUCAGCCACUUAAACAACACUUCCAGUGAUCUUCAAUCUGUGAAGGUUUUAUAAUAAGAUGAUUUUUCCUUCGAGAGCUUCCGUUUCACUCUUGGCUAUUUUUGCAUGACAAUCCGUGUUCAAUAUCUCGUUUCUGAUGUUGAUGUUGCAUAGGUGUGUUUGCUCAUGUAAAUGUAGUAGUUCGUUGGUCAGUCUCCUCUUGCAGAUUUUACAUACAUUGCGUUGAUGAAACUCUUUAUCGUUUUCGUCUCUCCUAAUCCUAAAAAAGUUGCACAAAAGUUCUUGAAGCUCUAUUUCAUUGAAGUUCCUUCUUCAAUCCUGGUCAUAAACAGAAGAAAUAAACUAAAACAUGUCAUACUACUUAGAAGGCCCUAGAAUUCAGAACAAACUCAUAAAUAUACACCUAGUGGGAUCCAUGGGGAAUCAAACAACGUCUACCCCAGUACCCACCCUCUCAAGUCCCUUAGAAAACUCUCUCUCUAUCAUUGCAUUCAUCAUCCAUACUGAUCUAAAUCCAAAAUUUCAUUCCGCUAACAACACAACUCCUAAAACACGUUCUUCCUAGUCAUGCGAUAACAAAUGUCAUACUAAAACAGAUCUGUACAUUCUCUUCCUUCUGAACUUUUUUUCUCAUCAUUCAAUACAUAUGUAUACCAAAAUUAUUCCCUCGAGAAAGCGGUUCCAAUAACUAAAUCAUAGGUUUCUUUUCUGUUCCAUGAUAAUUUAAAAUUCUAUUGGAACAUUUCGUUAUAACAAAGGAGAACCAACAGUUGCACAGUUCACAUAAAAACACUCUUCCGUGUUCUGUAACUGAUCUCCACCCUGAUUCAUUUAUUCGUUAAAACACGUGUGAUGGGCUUCUCUUGUAAAGAUGGGAUUUGGGUGCAUAAAAUGAGGCUGUUCUUUAUCAUCAUUUCAUCCCAAACAAAAUAUCUUUUCGAACUUGAAAUCUGUUCAAAUUCAAACAUGACUUUUGCUUUGUAUCAUAGCCCCACCAAAUCAACUUUUUCACUCCAUCUUACAAACCGGUAUUAGUUGCUCCAUAACGUCAAAUGGCGACAUUUCGUCCCGAACUUAGCCCUCCAAUAAGCCAACAAAACUUCAAAAAUUGAGCAUCAAUCCUUGAUGAUAACCCAGUCUCACUUUUUGUACCCAACAAUGACCCAUCAACUCAUUUGGUAGAGAAGCCCAUGGGAUCCUGACGAGCUCAAACCUUUCCAUUCAUCCAUUGCAGGCCGUUCACUUCAAAAUCCGUGAUCCCAAGAUGCACUGCAAAGGGGGUUCCCGGGAAAGUAUCGUCAGCCGCUACCAUCA